UGCGGCAGUUUUUUUGGUCUAUUAUCAUUUUUAUGUUGUUAAUGUUUCAUAGUUUUUAUGUUAUCAGUGUAAUUAUACAUAACUAGCACCUAUCUUGUUAAAAAAUCACCCCAUACUUGUCCUAUUUUUUGUUGGUGCAACAUUUGUGCUGCAGUUUUUUGGUCUGUUAUCGUUUUAUGUUAUUAAUGUUUUAUAGUUAUUAUGUUAUCAGUGUUUAAUUAUACAUAACUAGCACCCAACUUGUUAAAAUUCCCCCAAACGUGUUCCAUUCGUUUGUGCAACAAUUGUGCUGCAGUUUUUUGGUCUGUUAUCGUUUUAUGUUGUUAAUUUUUUAUAGUUUUUGUUAUCAGUGUCAUUACACAUAACUACCACCCACCUUGUUAUGAAAUCCCCCCAUGCUUGUCCCGUUCGUUUGUGCAACAUUUGUGCUGCAGUUUUUUGGUCUGUUAUCGUUUUAUGUUAUUAAUGUUUUACAUUUUUUAUGUUAUCAGUGUUUAAUUAUACAUAACUAGCACCCACCUUGUUAAAAUUCCCCCAAACGUGUUCCAUUCGUUUGUGCAACAUUUGUGCUGCAGUUUUUUGGUCUGUUAUCGUUUUAUGUUAUUAAUGUUUUACAUUUUUUAUGUUAUCAGUGAUUAAUUAUACAUAACCAGCACCCAACUUGUUAAAAUUCCCCCAAACUAGUUCCAUUCGUUUGUGCAACAUUUCUGCUGCAGUUUUUUGGUCUGUUAUCGUUUUAUGUUAUUAAUGUUUUACAUUUUUUAUGUUAUCAGUGAUUAAUUAUACAUAACCAGCACCCAACUUGUUAAAAUUCCCCCAAACUAGUUCCAUUCGUUUGUGCAACAUUUGUGCUGCAGUUUUCUGGUCUGUUAUUGUUUCAUGUUAUUAAUGUUUUAUAGUUUUUGUUAUCAGUGUUCAAUUAUUCAUAACUAGCACCCACCUUGUUAAAAUCCCCCAAACGUGUCCCAUUUGUUUGUACAACAUUUGUGCUGCAGUUUUCUGGUCUGUUAUCGUUUUAUGUUAUUAAUGUUUUAUACUUUUUAUGUUAUCAGUGUUCAAUUAUACAAAACUAGCACCCACCUUGUAGAAAUCACCCCAAACUUGUCCCAUUUGUUUGUGCAACAUUUGUUCUGCAGUUUUUUUUGGUCUGUUAUUGUUUUAUAUUAUUAAUGUUUUACAGUUUUUAUGUUAUCAGUGUUUAAUUAUACAUAACUUAGCACCCACCUUGUUGAAAUCACCCCAAACUUGUCCCACUCAUUUGUGCAGCAUUUGUGUUUCAGUUUUUUUGGUCUAUUAUCGUUUUUAUGUUAACGUUUUAUAGUUUUUGUUAUCAGUGUAAUUACACAUAACUAUCACCCCCCUUGUUAAAAAAAUCCACUCAUACUUGUUCCAUUCGUUUGUGCAACAUUUGCGCUGCAGUUUUUUGGUCUGUUAUUGUUUUAUGUUAUUAAUGUUUUACCAUUUUUAUCUUAGCAGUGUUUAAUUAUACAUAACUAGCACCCACCUUGUUAAAAUUCCCCCAAACUUGUUCCAUUCGUUUGUGCAACAUUUGUGCUGCAGUUUUUUGGUCUGUUAUCGUUUUAUGUUAUUAAUGUUUUACAUUUUUUAUGUUAUCAGUGUUUAAUUAGACAGAACUAGCACCCACCUUGUUAAAAUUCCCCCAAACUUGUUCCAUUCGUUUGUGCAACAUUUCUGCUGCAGUUUUCUGGUCUGUUAUUGUUUUAUGUUAUUAAUGUUUUAUAGUUUUUGUUAUCAGUGUUUAAUUAUUCAUAACCAGCACCCACCUUGUUAAAAUCCCCCAAACGUGUCCCAUUUGUUUGUGCAACAUUUGUGCUGCAUUUUUCUGGUCUAUCGUUUUAUGUUAUUAAUGUUUUAUAGUUUUUAUGUUAUCAGUGUUUAAUUAUACAAAACUAGCACCCACCUUGUAGAAAUCACCCAAAACUUGUCCCAUUUGUUUGUGCAACAUUUGUGCUGCAUUUUUCUGGUCUAUUAUCGUUUUAUGUUAUUAAUGUUUUAUAGUUUUUAUGUUAUCAGUGUUUAAUUAUACAAAACUAGCACCCACCUUGUAGAAAUCACCCCAAACCUGUCCCAUUUGUCUGUGCAACAUUUGUGCUGCAGUUUUUUGGUCUGUUAUUGUUUUAUAUUAUUAAUGUUUUACAGUUUUUAUGUUAUCAGUUUUUAAUUAUACAUAACUUAGCACCCACCUUGUUGAAAUCACCCCAAACUUGUCCCACUCAUUUGUGCAGCAUUUGUGUUUGAGUUUUUUUGGUCUAUUGUCGUUUUUAUGUUGUUAAUGUUUUGUAGUUUUUGUUAUCAGGGUAAUUACACAUAACUAGCACCCCCCUUGUUAAAAAAUCCACCCAUACUUGUUCCAUUCGUUUGUGCAACAUUUGCGCUGCAGUUUUUUGGUCUGUUAUUGUUUCAUGUUAUUAAUGUUUUACAAUUUUUAUGUUAUCAGUGUUUAAUUAUACAUAACUAGCACCCACCUUGUUAAAAUCCCCCCAAACUUGUCCCAUUUGUUUGUGCAGCAUUUGUGCUGCAUGUCUGUCUAUUAUAGUUUUAUGUUAAUGAAGUUCUAUAGUUUUUAUGUUAACGUUUUAUGUUUCAUUACCAGAUCCCCCACACCUUGUUAAAAUCCCCCCAAACUUGUCCCAUUUGUUUGUGCAACAUUUGUGCUGCUGUAUUCUGGUCUCUUAUUAUUUUAUGUUGUUAAUUAAUGUUUUGUAGUUUUUUUGUUAUCAGUGUUUAAUUAUAGAUAACAAGAACCCACAUUGUUGAAAUCACCCCAAACUUGUCCCACUCAUUUGUGCAGCAUUUGUGCUGCAUGUCUGUCUAUUAUAGUUUUAUGUUAAUGAAGUUCUAUAGUUUUUAUGUUAACGUUUUAUGUUUCAUUACCAGAUCCCCCACACCUUGUUAAAAUCCCCCCAAACUUGUCCCAUUUGUUUGUGCAACAUUUGUGCUGCUGUAUUCUGGUCUCUUAUUAUUUUAUGUUGUUAAUUAAUGUUUUGUAGUUUUUUUGUUAUCAGUGUUUAAUUAUAGAUAACAAGAACCCACAUUGUUGAAAUCACCCCAAACUUGUCCCACUCAUUUGUGCAGCAUUUGUGCUGCAUGUCUGUCUAUUAUAGUUUUAUGUUAAUGAAGUUCUAUAGUUUUUAUGUUAACGUUUUAUGAUUCAUUACCAGAUCCCCCACACCUUGUUAAAAUCCCCCCAAACUUGUCCCAUUUGUUUGUGCAACAUUUGUGCUGCUGUAUUCUGGUCUCUUAUUAUUUUAUGUUGUUAAUGUUUUGUAGUUUUUUUGUUAUCAGUGUUUAAUUAUAGAUAACUAGAACCCACAUUGUUGAAAUCAGCCCAAACGUGUCCCACUCAUUUGUGCUGCAUUUGUGCUGCAUGUAUGUCUAUUAUAGUUUUAUGUUAAUGAAGUUCUAUAGUUUUUAUGUUAACGUUUUAUGAUUCAUUACCAGAUCCCCCCCACCUUGUUAAAAUCACCCCAAACGUGUCCCAUUUGUUUGUGCUACGUUUGUGAUGCAAAAGUUUUACGUGAUUAAAGUGUUAUCGUUCAUAACCAGCCCCAUGAGGUAAAAAUAAUAAUGAGCCAAAACAUUUUGCAGCACAAACGUUUGGGACAAGUUUGGGGAGAUGUUGACAAGGAUGGGGGACGCAUUAUGAAUAAUAACAUGUUAAAAACAUAAAAGCUAUGAUUGUGAGACAACAAUAAUUUGCAGCACAAAAGUUCGGGGAGUUUUAGACAAGGUUUUGGGGGUGCUGGACAAUAUCACUAUUUUAGAACUACUUAAAAACCGUAACGAAUGCACAAAGAAAAAUAUUUACAGCACAAACAAAUGGCAAUGUUGUUUUAAUGUUUGCAAUGAUGGGGGGGAGAACGUCACACAGGAGCUCAAAUAACAGGGAGUUGAAGUCCCCAACAUGCCAACCAGCAGAGAGACAACCACAAAGCGCAAACAUCUGCAGGCAGCAGACAUGGACUUUAGCGGCACCUGGCAGGUUUAUUCUGAGGAAAACCUUGAGAGCUUCCUCAAAGCCUUGGACGUGCCUGAGAUGGUUGUGAAAAUGCGUAAGAAGGUGAGGCCAGUGAUGGUGAUAGAGCAUAAGGGCAAAGAUUUGAGCUACACCCUUAAAACCCCCAACUUCACGGUCACCAAUUCAGUCAGCAUCGGGAAGGAGGCGGAAAUUACUGCGCUCGAUGGCAGGAAAGUCAAAUGCACCGUCCGAGAGGAGAACGGAAAGCUUAUCACUGAGAGCGACAAGUUCACUUCGGUCCGAGAAAUACAAGGCCAGGAAAUUAUUGAGACAGUCACAUCUGGCUCUGUCGUUCUCAUCAGCAGAAGCAGAAGAGUGUAAAAAUGUUCGGUCAGCUAUCAACAAGAAUAAAACAUCCAUCCAUCCAUCCAUCCAUCCAUCCAUCCAUCCAUCUUCUUCCGCUUAUCCGAGGUUGGGUCGCGGGGGCAGCAGCCUAAGCAGGAAAACCCAGACUUCCCUCUCCCCAGCCACUUCGUCCAGCUCUUCCCGGGGGAUCCCAAGGCGUUCCCAAGCCAGCCGGGAGACAUAGUCUUCCCAACGUGUCCUGGGUCUUCCCCGUGGCCUCCUACCGGUCGGACGUGCCCUAAACACCUCCCUAGGGAGGCGUUCAGGUGACAUCCUGACCAGAUGCCCGAACCACCUAAUCUGGUUCCUCUCGAUGUUGAGGAGCAGCGGCUUUACUUUGAGUUCCUCCCGGAUGCCAGAGCUUCUCACCCUAUCUCUAAGGGAGAGCCCCGCCACCCGGCGGAGGUAACUCAUUUCGGCCGCUUGCACCCAUGAUCUUGUCCUUUCGGUCAUAACCCAAAGCUCAUGACCUUAGGUGAGGAUGGGAACGUAGAUCGACCGGUAAAUUGAGAGCUUUGCCUUCCGGCUCAGCUCCUUCUUCACCACAACGGAUCGAUACAACGUCCGCAUUACUGAAGACGCCGCACCAAUCCGCGUGUCGAUCUCACCAUCCACUCUUCCCUCACUCAUGAACAAGACUCCUAGGUACUUGAACUCCUCCACUUGGGGCAAGAUCUCCUCUCCAACCCGGAGGUGGCACUCCACCCUUUUCCGGGCGAGAACCAUAAACUCAGACUUGGAGGUGCUGAUACACAUUCCGGUCGCUUCACACUCGGCUGCGAACCGAUCCAGUGAGAGCUGAAGAUCCCGGCCAGAUGAAGCCAUCAGGACCACAGCAUCGGCAAAAAGCAGAUACCUGAUCCCGCGGCCACCAAACCGGAACCCCUCAUCGCCUUGACUGCCCCUAGAAAUUCUGUCCAUAAAAGUUAUGAACAGACUCUGUGACAAAAGGCAGCCUUGGCGGAGUCCAACCCUCACUGGAAACGUGUCCGACUUACUGCCGGCAAUGCGGACCAAGCUCUGGCACUGAUCAUACAGGGAGUGGACCGCCACAAUCAGACAGUCAGAUACCCCAUACUCUGAGCACUCCCCACAGGACUUCCCGAGGGACACGUUCGAAUGCCUUCUCCAAGUCCACAAAGCACAUGUAGACUAGUUGGCCAAACUCCCAUGCACCCUCAAGGACCCUGCCGAGAGUAUAGAGCUGGUCCACAGUUCCACGACCAGGACGAAAACCACACUGUUCCUCCUGAAUCUGAGGUUCGAGGUUCGACUAUCCGGCGUAGCCUCCUCUCCAAUACACCUGAAUAAACCUUACCGGGAAGGCUGAGGAUAAAACAUCACAAAUCUACUAAUAAAGGUGAAUAAUCAAA